ACACCUACAAAAUCCCCCAAGCACUCUGACAGAGAGUGAAAUCUGAAGUAAAGUAGUAGAGUGUGUGUGUGAGAGAGAGAGGCAUGGAAGAGAAAGGUGAAGAAAAGAGGAUGAAGAUACUGUGUCUCCAUGGAUUUAGAACCAGUGGAAGUUUCCUCCAGAAACAAAUCAGCAAAUGGGAUCCUUCUAUCUUUACUCAUCACUUCCACAUGGAGUUUCCAGAUGGGAUAUAUGAAGCAGGAGGCAAAUCCGACAUAGAGGGCAUCUUCCCGCCACCUUACUUUGAAUGGUUCCAAUUCAAUAAGGAAUUCACAGAGUACACCAAUUUAGAAGAAUGCAUCUCUUACUUGUGUGAUUACAUGACCAAAAAAGGGCCCUUUGAUGGUUUGCUUGGCUUCUCUCAGGGAGCAACACUCUCAGCUCUUUUGAUGGGCUACCAAGCACAGGGGAAGGUGUUGAAGGAGCAUCCACCAUUGAAACUGUUUGUAUCAAUAUCAGGGUCAAAGUUUAGGGAUCCAAGCAUAUGUGAGAUUGCAUACAAAGACCCAAUCAACGUCCGAUCAGUUCACUUCAUAGGAGACAAGGACUGGUUGAAGUUGCCCUCUGAGGAGCUUGCCACUGCCUUUCACAACCCUCUCAUCUUAAGGCACCCCCAAGGCCAUACUGUCCCAAGACUAGAUGAGGAUACUACAGAGAAGUUGCGCAGUUGGACUAAGGAAAUCCUCUUCCACCACCAAACAAAUACAGAUGCAGCUUCAAAUGAUAAUGGUGACGAUGACAAAUAUGAUACUUCAAGGGAGAAUGGCGACAGCAGUGCAAAGGUAGAAGAAGAACCCAAAUGUCAUGAGGUUGCUCAUAAUUCUGAUCACAGCAGCAACAAAGAGAGUAAUAGUGCAAUGGUGAAGAGAGAAUCUGAAGUAGUAGUAGUAGCCCAAGCUUGAAUGAGACUGCUUGUGAAACAUAAAAAUGUGGUUCUCUUACCACAAUGCAUUUCUUUCUUCUGCUUCAUCUUCUUCUUAUUUUAAGUAGUAAAGGAGUGAUUAUUGGAUAUGUUAUUGGGUAUUAUCAAGGUGAUAUUUCUUAAUUUUAUUUUAUUAUAUGUGAUUGGUUCCCUCAA